CUGCUACCCCACCUCCCUGCCGAAACCCAAGAGGGGAGCAGGAGUCCGCACAGCCCCUUUCCCGGAGGACACCCUACCACCCACCGCGCGCCGAGAUGCGCGGUCCGCGGUGCUCGGCGGAGCUGGCGUUGAGGGAGGCACGUGGGAGAGGCGGGAGUGGGGAGCGGGCACGUGGCCCCGCCCGCCCGGCCCCGUGCGUGCCCCCCGCCCCUCUGGGGAGGGGGCGGAGGCGGGGGCGGGCGGCGCCGGCGAGCGCGCGCGGCGGGCGCUGUCCGCGGGCCCAGUGCUGAAGCAGGUGCGGACGUGGCCGGCGCCCGGCCCGCGAAGACCAUGGCGUUCAUGGUGAAGACCAUGGUGGGCGGCCAGCUGAAGAACCUCACCGGCAGCCUGGGGGGCGGCGAGGACAAGGGAGACGGGGACAAGUCGGCGGCCGAGGCGCAGGGCAUGAGCCGGGAGGAGUACGAGGAGUACCAGAGGCAACUGGUGGAGGAGAAGAUGGAGAGGGACGCCCAGUUUGCACAGAGGAAGGCAGAGCGUGCCACCCUGCGGAGUCAUUUCCGAGACAAAUACCGGCUGCCCAAGAACGAGACGGACGAGAGCCAGAUCCAGAUGGUGGGGGGAGAUGUGGAGCUGCCCCGGGAGCUGGCCAAGAUGAUCGAGGAGGACACGGAAGAAGAGGAGGAGAAGGCCUCCGUCCUCGGGCAGCUGGCCAGCCUCCCUGGCUUGGACCUCGGCUCCAUCAAGGACAAGGCCCAGGCCACCCUGGGGGACCUCAAGCAGUCAGCUGAAAAGUGCUGCAUCAUGUGACCGCUGUCCCUGGGGCUGCCCACAGGAGGGCUCAGGGUGUCUCAGCCCCCCAAGGGACCCACACCCCGCCUGGGGCCCUGUUCUCCCCGCCCCGCCCUAGCCCCGGAACCCAUCUCAUCCAAGCUCCAAGCUGGCCUUCUGGGAGCAAAGCCCCCAGGACCACCCUCCGCUCAGCCUGGGGAAGGCUUCUGGGGAGUGUAGGGCCAGGCCCACGUUCCUGCACCCGGGAGCACAUGUGAGAGCCACACAGGGACCCAGCACACCAGCACGCGAGGGCAGAGCCCACGCUGGGCAGACGCGCCACGCCCAGGCCAGCCCCUCUGGACCCCGACACUCGGAUGCUCCCGGGGGGGCUCUGGGCGGUCGCCCUCUGCAGACAGGAGGCUGGAGCGCCAAUUUUCUCGUUGAUGAUCUUUGAAAGUCUCUGCCCCCUGGGCCUCAUUCUGUCCUCUGUGAAGUGGGACUGGGCCGGGCAGGUGUGGAGGGCCUCCCAGCCUCUCCCGUCCCUGUUCAGGGCAGCAGCUGCAGGCACAGCCUCGAGGGGGCCAGGCGCUGCUGUGCGAGGGGCGCGGCGCCAAGGAUGAAGCUGGCACGGAACAGCGGCCCAGGCGGCUCUGGGCCUUGUCUGGGCCCAGGGCCCAGCUCAUUUCUGUUCCUGUAGAAUUCUCUCUGGAUUCCAUAGCUGGAGUCUUCUCUCCCAGCUCAGUGACGAAUAAAGACCCCC